CUCAUCCCCACCCCGACACUGGAUUGAAUGAGUCGUCAUCCUAAAGGCCCAAUCUCCUCCCAUUUGAAAAGUCGGCUUCCGUUUCCUAGGCUAUCCUCAAGAAAGCCAGGGACUGCAGGUUAGCCCCGAAAUCGUUACUGGAGAUGCGGCUUUUUCAUUCAUAUUUUAGCCUCCUGGCUUGCUACCUGCUUGCGGUGGCCGCCGCCGAGCAGCAUGAGGCCUCCCUUGUAAAUGAGGAUGUGAAGCGUGCAGUGGAUCUCAGUUCCCACCUGGCCAAGAUCACAGUGGACUUGAUUGUUUCAAACCAAGGGACUACGUCUGUCUCCAGCAUGUUGUUGGCGCUGGAUCCAGAACUGCAAGACCACCUGGCUUACAUUGGAGUUGGGGUUAAAGGAGAGGAAGAAGAAGAUAGUAGCCUGGAGCUUCAGGAGACGACAGUGAAAGAAAGAAGUGGCAGAUUUUUCAUUGCACGCUUCAACUCUCCCCUUGCUAAGGGCAGCAAGCUAAAGCUUUCUGUGGACACUGUGUACACACACGCCUUGCUACCCUAUCCUACUCACAUCACCCAGGCCGAAAGACAGUUUGUGGUGUUUGAAGGAAAUCACUAUUUCUAUUCUCCAUACCCUACCCGAUCUCAAAGCACCAGAGUACGACUCGCUUCCAAGAAUGUAGAGAGUUACACGAAGCUGGGAAACCCCAGCAAAAGUGACGAAAUAAUAGAGUAUGGACCUUUCCAGGAUGUAGCUCCUUACAGUCAGGAUACUUUGAAGAUUCACUAUGAGAACAACUCUCCCUUCUUGACUAUCAGCGCUAUCACACGCACUAUUGAAGUCUCUCACUGGGGUAAUAUUGCAGUUGAAGAAACCAUUGACCUCCGCCACACAGGUGCUAUCCUUAAGGGGCCCUUUUCCCGUUACGAUUACCAGAGGCAGUCUGAUAGUGGCAUCUCCUCCAUCAAAUCAUUCAAGACAAUUCUACCUGCAGCUGCUCAGGAUGUUUACUACAGAGAUGAAAUUGGGAACAUUUCCACAAGCCACUUGCUUAUUUUGGAUGACUCUGUAGAGAUGGAGAUUCGCCCACGUUUCCCUCUGUUUGGUGGCUGGAAAACACACUACAUAAUUGGUUAUAACCUACCAAGUUAUGAGUACCUCUACAAUCUUGGUGACCAGUAUGCCUUGAAAAUGAGGUUGGUGGACCAUGUUUUUGAUGAUCAGCUUAUUGAUUCCCUCACCGUUAAAAUUAUCCUCCCAGAGGGUGCCAAGAGCAUUCAAGUGGAUACUCCCUAUCCCAUACAACGUUUACCUGAUGAAUUGCACUAUACCUAUCUGGAUACCUUUGGUCGGCCUGUUGUGGUUACUCAGAAGAAAAACCUUGUAGAGCAGCAUAUUCAGGACAUUGUGGUAAAUUACACCUUUAACAAGAUCUUAAUGCUGCAGGAGCCUCUACUCGUCGUUGGGGCCUUCUACAUCCUUUUCUUCACUGUUAUUGUGUAUGUUCGCUUGGACUUCUCAAUUACCAAGGAUCCUGCUGCAGAGGUAAGGAUGAAAGUUGCAUCAAUCACAGAGCAGGUUCUUACCUCUGUCAACAAACGCCUUGGGCUAUACCGUCAUUUUGAUGAAGUGAUCAACAAAUACAAGCAGUCACGGGACACUGGAGCACUGAACAGUGGGCGCAAAACUCUAGAAUCUGAGCACCGCACACUGACCAAUGAAAUUGCUUCUUUACAGUCGCGCUUAAAGGCUGAAGGUUCUGACCUGGCUGAUAAGGUUGGAGAGAUCCAAAAGUUGGAUGGUCAGUUGAAGGAGCAUGUGAUGCGCUCCUGCCAAGAAGCUGAGCGGUUGGUAGCAGGUAAAGUGAAAAAGGAAUUGUACAUUGACAAUGAAAAACAACUGUCUGCCAAGCGCCAGGAAAUCAUCAGUCGUAUUGACAACCUGCUGGAUUCUUUGUAAAGCAGAACAUUUCUCUUUAGUGAAAAUGUCACCUUUUUCAAGCAUAUGUCUGUCCCGUCUCCACUGCUGAGCAUGGGAAAAUGUAAUAAUUUGAGCAAGCUGUGGGAGAGCAGCACCAAUAAGGAGUGGCCUGCAUUUUUAGUUUUGUGGGAAAUUUAAUAAUUUGAGCAAGCUGUGGGAGAGCAGCACCAAUAAGGAGUGGCCUGCAUUUUUAGUUUUGUGGUCCAGGUUGUUCCUUUAUUGAAUAUCGAUUAAGUCUAUGUUUCCAUGUGAUACUCUGAAGGAGACCUGGAUUAACUUGUAUUCAUUGGUGCUGUCCUCAAAUGUGAAUCCAGCACCAAUGAAAUGUGAAUGCUGUAACAAAAAAUGGCCCCUUUAGAUAAAUUGCUAUGAACUUACAUUUUUGUUUGAUGUUUAUUUUUUUUAAAUAUAUUUUUUUUAAUUUCUACAAAACAUUGUAUGUUUUGCAUUGGAUUUUUUUGGCUACCCUUUGAAUUUUUCUUUGUAUAACUGAAGAGAAUAUCUGAAUUCAGCACAGUUGUUUUAAAUAAAAGAGACUGUGAUACAAGAUAUUUGUGUGGUUUUGUGGAAAGGUAAUUUCUUUUUACUUUUUUUUCUUUUUUUAAAUAAUAAACUGAAGAGACACAGUCAUUCAUUAAGCACUAUUUUUUGUUUCUGUUGUCUUGCUCUUUGGAUUUCUUACUCUUUUCUGUCUUUUUGUAAAUUACCGUCAGUUUAAUUUUAUAUUAAUAAUAAAAAAACAAUAAUAAUUUUUUACUGUGAUGGGCUGAUGUCACUGAAAUUACUUGGAAAGGGUUUUCUUUUUGGCUGUAUUCUGUAAAGGUGGUUUGUCUCAGCUGUUGAAAAUAAAACUAAAAGGUUUGAUACACUGCUCAAAACAAUAGGGGGAGGGAGAUUGUCAGUAUCCUUACUUGUAAAAUAAAGUUGCCAGAUUGACCUCA